CCCUCAUCCACCAUCUCUUUCUUCAAGUCGUGGCAGCAAGCGCGCCUCUACUCGUUCACCAGUGGAGUUGAGUGCCCCUCAUUGCGCUGUCCAAGCGCAGCUCGAUUGCCCUUUGGCUUUGGUCCGCGCAACCCCCCCUCUCCCCACUUCACUCAUCGACUCGCAAGAGCAGCAUCAUAGCCACGGCGGGACAAGCACGCAACGCAGCCCAACGCAGCGCAACAUGUCACGCGAUGAGAGAGCGCCUCGCAUCAAGAACAGGGCACCAGCGCCUGUUCAGAUCAGCGCUGAGCAGCUGCUUCGCGAAGCUCAAGAGAGGCAAGAAGCUCCGCUCAAACGCGCCACCCAGAGGGUAGAGGAUUUGGAAGAGCUGGAAGAAUAUCGAGGAAGAAAGCGAGCGGGCUUUGAAGCUGAUGUCAGAAAGGACAAGUCAAAGUUCAUCGCGUGGAUUCGGUAUGCGGAGUGGGAGGCAUCCCAAGGAGAGCUGCCUCGCGCUCGUUCCGUCUUCGAGCGCGCACUGGAUGUCGAUCCGCGGCAUCCUCAGCUUUGGUUGCGCUACGUCGAUCUGGAACUCAAGUCGCGCAACAUUCAGCACGCUCGCAAUCUGCUGGACCGCGCGGUAUCCAUCUUGCCUCGCAUAGAUCAAUUCUGGUACAAGUAUGUUCAUCUCGAGGAACUGCUGUCCAACGUCGUGGGAGCCAGGCAGGUGUUUGAGAGGUGGAUGGCUUGGGAACCCGAUGAGAGGGCUUGGGCCGCCUACGUCGGUAUGGAGGUGCGCUACAACGAGCUGGAGAAUGCUUCUGCGGUUUGGGAAAGGGCGGUGAGCGUGCACCCUGAGCCCAAGCUGUGGAUCAGGUGGGCCAAAUUCGAGGAAGAUCGCGGGGCAAUGGAUCGAGCUAGGCGCGUCUUUACUAUGGCUCUCGAAUAUUUUGGCGAGGAUGAGGACAAGAUGGAAAAGGCGCAGACCGUGUACACUGCAUUUGCAAAGAUGGAAACGAGAGCAAAGGAGAUUGAGAGAGCGAGGGUCAUCUACAGGUACGCACUCGAACGGCUGCCGAGAACAAAAAGCAGCGGCAUCUACGCAAGCUACACGCGAUUCGAGAAACAAUUUGGCAAUCGACAAGGCGUCGAGGAUACCGUGCUCGGCAAGAGACGGAUACAGUACGAGGAAGAAGUGACCAGCGGCCUGCCUGGAGCUGCUACCAACUACGACACGUGGUUCGACUACACCAGGCUAGAGGAAGAUGCUUACAGGGCAAUCCUCUCUGGUGGUGCAGCUCGCGACUCGCAAGAGGCAACAAAGGCUCAAUCCAGGGUGAGGGACAUCUACGAGCGAGCAGUGGCCAAUAUCCCGCCGUCCAAAGAAAAGCGGCAUUGGAGGCGGUAUAUCUUCUUCUGGCUAGACUACGCGCUCUUUGAAGAGGUGGACGCUCAAGACGUUGAAAGGGCGCGCGAGGUCUACAAGGCUGCUGUUGCGCUUGUGCCGCACAAGGAAUUCACCUUUGCGAAGCUCUGGCUCAACUACGCCGCUUUUGAGGUGCGAAGGUUAGACCUGACAGCUGCGCGCAAGAUCCUCGGCACAUCGAUAGGUCUGUGCCCGAAAGAGAAGCUGUUCAAGGGUUACAUCGAUCUCGAGAUCAGUCUCAAAGAAUUUGAUCGAGCCAGGAAAAUCUACGAGAGGUGUCUGAGUUGGGACGCUAGCAAUUCGAGGACCUGGAUUCGCUUUGCAGAGCUGGAAAGAAACCUUUUCGACAUGGAUCGAGCUCGUGGCAUCUUUGAGCUCGCCACGAAGCAGCCUGAGCUGGACAUGCCCGAAGUUCUUUGGAAGGCUUACAUCGACUUUGAAUUCGAUGAGAGGCAAUGGAGCGCUGUGCAAGAUCUAUUCGAGAGGUUGCUGCGAAAGACGAAGCACGUCAAGGUGUGGAUCUCGUAUGCCAACAGUUCUAUUGGAGCAGCCAUCGCUGAAGAGGAAGAUGAGGAUCAAGGGGACGAGGACGAAGGAGAGGAGGAGGUUGCCCCCAAGCAGCUGACAGAAGAACAAAUUGCCGAGAGGAGAGAAAAGAGAAGGGAAGCCGCAAAGAGGAGCAGGGACACCUUUGAGCGUGCAUAUGCUGAUUUAAAACAAAGAGGACUCAAAGAAGAGAGAGUCCUGCUGUUGGAAGCCUGGAAAUCUUUCGAGUCGCAGCACGGCGAUUUGGACGAGGAGCUCGCGCAAGGCGCAGCAGAGAAUGCAAACCUGAAAAGCGUGGAAGCGAAGAUGCCUCGUGUCGUCAAGAAGAGAAGACAGACUUCGGACGGCGAAGGUCUGGAAGAAACCUUUUCUUCUCGCCCUGCAACUUCGCAGUACUACGACAUGGUCUUUCCUGACGACGACGAUGGCUCAUCCAGCAGCUUCAAAUUGUUGCAAAUGGCGCAUGCGUGGAGAGCCAAGCAGCAAGCGGCCGCGGCCUUUGCAGCCGCAUCCAACGGUGCUGAUGCUGAGCAGACCAGGGAGGCUACUGAGGCUGGUGGUGCUUCGGCGGUGACGGAAGAAGCGAGCGUCAAGCUAGACGGCGCUCGGCAGGUGGAUGCGGAGGCAGGAUCGGAAGACAGCUGA